AUGCCAAAAAGUAAUCAACAAACAACUGUUAGUGCUUUUGAAGCGUCAGGUACCUAUAAUCUUCAAGAAAUGAUCGCUUUCAUUCGGCAAAAUCCCAAUGUCGCGUUUGGUGUUCAUGAACAUCUUACUCAUCAUACUCAUCCUCACCGUAUAAAUGCUCCAGCUCAAUCAUCAACUCCUCAAACGCCUAAACGAAAUUUAGAUUCAAGUGACAAUGAUGGUGCACAGAUUUCAAAACAACAACGGGUUCUAUCGAAUGGUAAACAAAAAAAGACUCGUGAAAUGAAUUUUUCGAAGGUUCCAAGCCCUGUACACCAAAUGAACAAUAAUAUUCAAUUGAACCACCCUCGACAACAAGCAUCAGUACAACAACAACAUCGAAUUCCUUUUGAACAACCAUCGGAUAUAUCAGCAGCACGUGUAAUUGAAGACUAUUUCAAACAACAAGGAAUCGCAAUAUCGUUUUCACUAGUCGGCCAUGCAGGUAAUAAAUUAAAAUUAGAAGUUAACAACAAAGAAUCGUAUGCAACAUUAAUAAAUACGGAUAAAUGGCCGUCACAAGUCAAUAAUAUCAACAUCACCAUGAGUAAGCCAAAAUUUACUCCGGAUUCCUUUGCGCUUGUGGUUCGAUAUGUACCUCUUCAGUACGAUGACGAGUUUGUCAAGGAAGAAAUUAAACGAAAUCUUCAAUCAGUCGAAAAUAUCAGACAAAUUCAGUAUCGUUUCCAAAGAAGAACAAACGAUUCUCGUUUCGUUAUUAAAGAUUUGGAUGGAUAUAAUUCAACUUUAAAAUUAGGUCGGAUAUCGAUUGGAAAUACAUUUUGCACCAUUACACCAUUCCUGACUGGUAAUUGA